AUGGCGACCCUCGCAGUGGAGCACACCUCCUAUGUGCAGCUCUACGAGUCUCUCAACGAGGGCACGCAAGCGUGGGCGCGCAAAGAGUGGUAUUAUCCUAGGCUGGGAGCUCGCAGCACGCCGGACCCCGAGCUCGAAGCCAAAGUGGCCCAGUUCACCCCGGACCAGGUGGUCUGGAUGCACAACUGGGUGCUGGACCACCUGCUGACGACCCCGUGGUUGCGAGCCGAGUGGCGACAUAACCUGACCGAUUACUGCCAGCUACUGGCGAUCGAUUCGGGUGACGAACCGCCCUACCCCGAUUACGAGAUGCGGUACAGCGAGCGGAAGUGCUUUCUUCAUCCGGCCGCGCUGUUACGGUGCGGGCCGGAACUGCGCAACGACCACCGCUUUUUGGAGGCCGUGUUUGAGGGCGUCUUCAUCGACCGCAUGGUCAUCGUGCUGUGGCGUAUGUGCGCGGCCAACGGCUUGACCCACCAUUUCCUGCGCCCACACUCCCUCCAGCUCUGCUUCCCGUACACCCUCACCGCCCCCAACACCGACACCAACGAUACCUUGACCUCGGCGUUCCAGGGCCUGCAACUGAACGGACAAGGACACAAUCAAGUCAAUGUCAACGGCCAGACCCGUACCCAGACCCAGACCCAGUUUCAGAUGACCGACGAUGACUUCCAAGAAUUGUUGGGGCGGACCAUGUGGUACUACCGAACGAUGCUGGAGGAGCACACGAGCCAAUGGCCCCCGGCGAAAAUGGAGAACGACCUGCGCGAGCGGUAUCUGCACGUAUACAUGGCACUGCACGUGGGCCACGGCGUCGACGUGCAGCACAACGACCUCGGCUGGACCAUGUUCUCCGGUCCGAACCUCUACGAAGAAAACGGCGACCUGCCCCCGGCCAACCCCAUGGCGGUGCCGAAUGUGCUGCACACGCACGGCGUCCUGCUCGACUGGGUCCACCGGCCCGACGAUGAGGUCGGCGGCUGUGCUAUUGUCGCACGACCUGAUGGCCAAAUCAUGCCGUUUGAUGUCGACGGUCUCUUAGAUAUAGAUCAUGUCCCACAGGGUAGCUUUUUCUUCAGCACCGGCUGCCCGUGGUACACUCCUUGGCCUAGGCAUGACUUCCGUCGUGCCCAGUUCUGGCCUGCCAAGGGAUCACGUUAUCGAUUCGCCGCCGCAGGGUUUGGGGAGUGGUAA